AGCGCAGUGACAAAACCAACGAAGAAGACAAACGUUUCCGCAUUGUCAGACCUUCCUGCAGCUACCUGUCUUAUAAUAAUUUUCUUCACAAAAUGACUAAAUUAAAAGACAAGAAGCGAGAGAAAAUCAGUAUCGCCACAGAGAUUGACCGUUUGGAGGAGAAAAGGGCGCGUUGCCACGACAACCUGGAGAGGGCGGAGUUUAAGAGCAGGAAAGAGAGGCUGUCUGAGAAAGAGAGACAAGAACUAGAGGAUGAAAUGGCAAUCAUGAACGAGAGAGUGCAAAAGCUGGACAUGGAGCUGGAGUCACUGAGAGGUGAAAACAGGAGGAACAUGCUGCUGUCAGUCGCCCUUCUGACUGUCAGUGCUCUCUUCUACUAUAUGUUUUUUUACAAUGAGGAUGACGCAUGACAUCCCCCAGAAACUCAAGGGAAACUAUGAGUCUUAACAAGCUCGGGACUGUGUUGGCACUAGAUGAUUAGAAAAGAUUUUUUUAUUGUACACAUGGUGCUUGCCUCAUUUACCCAUUUUGUGCCUCCUCUUCUCAUUUCUCUGACGUUAUAAUGUCUGUGAGUCAGGAAUCAAUCUCAUCCCCUAAAAUUUGACAACGGGGACAAUUAAGCAUGGAUACCCAGGUGUAUCUUUCAUGUCUUUUUGUGCAUAUCUGAGAGAAGGCUGACACUCAAAGCUCACAUUGUAACCUCAACAUAAUUACAGCUUUAACAGAAAUAAUUGCAUGCUACCUCCGCUUUCUUGGUGUCUUAUCAUGCCUCGUCUGGUCACAUUUCUGCCCGGAGGGACAAAGAUGCGAGGAGAAAGGUCAGACAAAAGGAAAAGAGUAAAAGAUGUGCAAAGUGGGAACUGUAAUAAGGGGAAGGAAUGAAACAAAAAGAGUUGUGUUAAUGAAAAGUAUAGCUUCUGCCUCCAGAGGGUAUCGUUGCCAUUUCAUAUCUCUUCAGGUCAUAAGGGGUUCACCCUGUGCUGUGAAAGCCAAACUCACCUUCAUUAACCACGUAUAUGGUUUGCAAACUACACCUAAAGCUUAAUGAUUGUCUCGGUUAUCAAAAUAUACAAAUGUUAAGUGUUUUUUUUUUUACAAAGGAGAACUCCAUGAACUGUGGCUGUCUUUUCAGCUACGAUGCAUGGAGCCCUUCUAUGACACAUUUGAUUGUCUUUAUACAAUAUGAAUAAUGAAAUGUAUGUAAUGAAUUCCAAAUAACUUAAAAGAUUGAUUUGUUUAUUGUGUUUAUGCUUUAUGCUAAUUAUCUUCGUGCCUUACAAGAGCUUGGGAACACGUGCCAUAAUCAUGCUCAUAAUGUCUUGUUUACAACAAACAUGAGAAGUUUUGUUUGAUGUUUUGUUUCUGGAGGAUCUGUCCUGCAGAUUUAUUGAGAAGCAUUUAAAGGCACAUUGUAGACUGUAAACCACUGAAAUCUAAGCAUACUGGCUAAGUACAGAAAGAUACUAGCCCUCGAUUGGGAGGGGAAGAAAUUACCCAGGGACCUGUCCAUAUGGCUGUGCCUACAAUCUACUGGUGCAUGUCAAUCAGCUAAGUAAGUUGAUGCUAACAACCCAAAGCACCCCAAAUAAAGAUUGAACUGUUGCCACCCAUACCAAAAAAAACAUAUUGAGUAACCAUGUAACAGAAGAAUAAAGCACCAGAUGGCCAAAGUGUUUAUAUUGUCUUGGGGGACUGUGUCAUUUUUAUGAUAAUUAUGAGAUUGAAAGAUAUGGUAAUAUGACUGUUUAAUCAGAGUAAA